CUUGUACGGAGUAACAGUGGGCUCAAUGACGAAAUCCGCAGUGCUUUCGCCUUCCAGCCACAUCCACAGCCGUGACCGUUGUCCCAGUUGCAGUCGACUUCCCUGUCAGGGUUUGCCGCCUUCAUGCACAUCUUCCAUGCUAUUUUACUCACCAUGACGAACAAAGGUUCAGUGUCCAACAGACGUACAACGUUACUGCCCAGAUAACUUGAAUCCGGUUGAGUGAAACGAGUCAAUUGCUAGCGUCGUCGAUUUUGCCAUCUUUCCCCCAAUGCAAGUCAAAGCCGCAAGGCGACGAUCACCUCGAAAUGGAACCCUUUGGUUGCGAAGCGAAGCGUCGCUGGUUGGCACAUCUCUCGUGUCCCUUGUUGGGGCCCGGCAGGGCAGAUCAGGAACAGGAAACCAUCCGACAUGGGCCGAGGGCAGUUCGGCUGGAAAUCCUUUGAACCCUGUUCUGGGGCACUCACCCCCCGAACCCACUGUGGUACUACAUUACUGUGAACAAUAUGAGCUUAGGUCCCUUAUUGGGGUCCAAGCUGACAGAAACCUGUCUCAAGCACAAUUCCCACGCCAUCAUAUCCCGAUGUGUCUAUGCCUUUUAACUCCAGGCCGCAUCCACCGUCUGCUAGGAUACUCCGUCUGUGAGCGGAUUCUGCUCGUCAAAACCCAAAAGCCCGUAAACACUCAUGCUGAUCUUGGCCGGUAUCCUAGCAAAAACAUAUUGCGAUAUGACGUCAGUGGCAGCAGGCACUAGGCUAAUGUUACUGUAAGGUCAGUUCAUCGCGGUAUUGCCAUAUGGUAAGUCAUCUAGACGACAAGUCGCGGUAACCCAAUCGGCAGUCGAAGGUAUCGUGCCGAAGGUCGGGACACUUGCCUGGCAGGCUGACAGCGGGUGCCUGAAC